AUGAAGCCGUCGACAAUCGCCAGACUAUGUCUGCUAAUAGUGUUUGUGCCGACCGUCACAUCGCUCAUCAUAUCCAGCGUUUACGCCGGAAAGAAAAAGUUUAAGACCAUAUCGUUUGGGCACCCCUUCCUUCCGGCUAUCGUCAAAGUACAGCCAAAUAAAUUUCACCUAACGUUCCGCCAAAAUAAGUAUCUCAGAACUCCUCAGUUCAAGAUCGAGGGAACUAUACCCUUGAAAGCGCCGACAGUUGUCAAAGAGAUCCUACAGCCCGACCCCUACCCCAAAGUGACUGAAUAUAAUUUUGGAGACAUGGGUGUCAUUAAGGGAGACACGGCAGCCGUACCCGACCAACAAUUGGCUUACGAUAACACUGGUAAUUAUCCCACUUAUGCUGAACCGCCAAAGUUUAUGGGCCCACCCGUGCCAUUACCACCGCUACCACAUCCGUCGCCAAAGCGAAUGGGUAUUAACAGCGGUUUACAUAUCAUUAUAUUCGAUGAGAUCGACGCCAUCUGUAAAGCCAGAGGUUCUGUGGCCGGUAAUACAGGAGUUCACGACACGGUUGUCAAUCAGCUGUUGGCGAAGAUCGACGGCGUCGAGUCGCUGAACAACAUUCUGGUGAUCGGUAUGACUAACCGGCGCGAUAUGAUCGACGAGGCGCUGCUGCGACCCGGAAGGAUGGAGGUGCAGAUGGAGAUCAGCCUACCCAACGAACAGGGAAGGGUGCAGAUCCUGAACAUACAUACGGCUAAUAUGCGAAAGUACAACAAAAUGGAUCGCGACGUGGAUGUGCUCGAGUUGGCGUCGCUCACGAAGAACUUUUCGGGCGCCGAGAUCGAGGGUCUCGUGCGGGCGGCCCAGUCGACGGCCAUGAACCGGCUCGUGAAGGCCGAUAAGAAUGUGCAACUUGAUCCCGAGGCGUUCGAGAAGUUGCUCAUCUCGAGGACCGACUUCUUGCACGCGCUCGACAACGACGUGAAGCCCGCGUUCGGUACGAGCAGUGAGGCUAUCGAGCGCUACUACUCGACGGGGAUCAUCACAUGGGGUCAGCCCGUGCAGGACCUCAUCGACGACGGCCAGCUGUUCAUACAGCAG